UGUCAUUGUAAUUUGUUGUCAAUUUUCAUUAACAGCAAUCUUAUGUUUAUUUUUACCUUCUUGUUUAAUCCUAUUUUAUCAAAAAUAAUGAUAAUACAGCAUUAUAACGUAAUUACGUGACAUAACAUUAAUAUUAAGGACAUAAAUUCAAUGGGUAACCGACUCACUUGCUCAAAAUGUCUCAUGAUAUGUUUAGUAGCAACAUUAAUUAUAGGUUGCUAUUUAGCAUCUUUUCCAAUUCAUUCUGAUUUGCCAGCUUUGCCUAAACCCGCGAAAUAUGAAAAAGUUUUAAAUAAAUUACACAAAAAGCACUUAGCGGUAUUAGUGCCAUUUAGAGAUCGUUUCGAAGAAUUACUGGAGUUCGUGCCGCAUAUGUACAGCUUUUUAAACAAGCAGAAAAUACCUUUUCAUAUAUUCGUUAUUCAGCAAAAAGACAGCAAUCGAUUCAACAGAGCUUCACUUAUAAAUGUUGGUUUCCUCUUCACAAAGAAUGAUUUCGAUUACAUUGCAAUGCAUGAUGUUGACUUAUUACCAAUAAAUGAUGAUUUAAAGUAUGAUUAUCCUGAAGAUGGUCCUUACCACAUAUCUUCACCAAAGACUCAUCCAAAAUACCACUAUGAUACAUUUAUAGGGGGUAUUUUAUUAGUAAAAAAUGAACAUUAUGAAUUAGUCAAGGGUAUGUCAAAUAAUUAUUGGGGAUGGGGAUUGGAAGAUGAUGAGUUUUAUGUGAGAUUAAAAGAUGCUGGAUUGACUGUAAAAAGACCAGAAAAUAUUGCAACUGGACCUGAAAAUACUUUUAAGCAUAUACAUGACAAAACAUACCGUCGGCGCGAUAUGCGUAAAUGCUACAACCAACGAGAGGUUACGCGCCGCCGUGACAGAGUCACAGGACUCCAUGAUGUCGCAUAUAAGCUGUGGAGUAGACAUAAUGUGACAAUUGAUAGUUUGCCCAUCACAGUACUUAAUGUAGAGCUAUUAUGUAACAAAUCUGUAACACCUUGGUGUCAGUGUCCUGACCCAGUGAAAGUAAAAACUAAAUAAUAACCAGAUAAUCACCAGUGGUUAUAUCUUAAACUAGGUAUCCUAGUUUAUAUAUUGCAGUUGUGACACCUAGACUGGAGCCAAUUUAAAAGGUUAUUUUUUAAAUUAUCCCAACUGAAAAGUAGAUUAUACAUUUAAACAAUGUGCCUUACCACCAAGGUCAUCUAAUAAAGAGUAUUAAUAAUGUAAAAUUUGAUUUCAUGAACCCUACUAGCAAAACAAUAAAAACUACCUGAAAACAGGAAGUUCAGUGUAUUACAUUACAUUUUUUAGAAGCAAUUUUUAAUGUAAUCAAUAUUUUAUUACAUAUAUGCCCUAUGGUCCUGGCAUAGAAUAGGCCACUCCUUCUUUUUCUGUAGGUGUCGUAAGAGGCAACUAAGGGAAGGGGAGGAGAUGGGCAACAGCAUACUUAAAACAUCUCCAAAACCUAACUAUGGUUACCAAGCGUAGCGACUAUGGCAUAAACCCCCAAAGAGGAGGCUUAUGUUCAGCCGUGGACAGUUAAAGACUGAUAUAAUGAUGAUGAUGAAGUAUUUUAUUGUAAAACAUAUUGAAAAAUAUAAUCAUAAACAAGAUACAGCAAUAUUUAUAAAUUUAUUAUUGAAUAUGUGACACAUAAACAUAUUAUGCUUGUCAACUCUCAUCAAUCUUUUUAAUAUAAUUAUUGGGUGGGAAUAUAUAGAUAGCUCUUACUUUACAAUAGAAUUGGCCAUUGAUAUAAUUUGUUAAACAAAAAAAUAAUGAUUUAUUAAAUAGUGCCACUGAAUGAGAAAAUAUCUACUGUUCAUCAGUGCCACAAAAAUUAAGCGUAUACACUAUAAAUAUAGCAACUGCAAACUAUACUAGUCACUAACGACUUCAUUAUACUCUUAUAAUUUUUUAUAAUAAUCUGUUAUUAUCACAUACUAAGAAAACGUGGUAGUGUUAAUAAUUGCUAAUAUAUAAUGCUGUAACACAUGGAUGGACAAUGUCGCCUUAUAUAAGUAAGGAUUGUUUUGCGCUGUUUUGUUACUGAACCCCAAAAAAUUAUUUAUGCGAACUGCUAAAAUAAAAAUAAUGUAUUAAAAUCCAUUUUCCACAUUUCAAAUUUGUACAUAAUUUAUUGAAUAUCUUUUUAUUUUUUACCAUAGAAUUUGUAGUAUGUAUUUUGUUCCGCCAUCAAAAAGGAUUUUAAAUAUAUUUGUAUUUAUCUAAGAAAAAUUGAACUAUUUCUUAACAGUAUUUUUUUACUGUAACAAACUGUAAAUAUUAUCUUUAAGUGUUGAAAACUACUGCCUCACUCAUUAUAUAUAAGAAUAUGUUUGCUCUAAAAUAAACUUCAUAAUCUUGAGACAGCACUGAGCCUACUGAAGUACAAGCCUACAAAUAGUUUGUAUUUUUAUUUACUGAGAAAUUCUUAAGUAUACCAACUUUAUAUUUUUAUAUUCUAUUAGAUCUUUUAACAGUA